CCCACAGCAUGUGUUUAAUGAGAAGUAGUUCUGCUUGUUCAGCCUUUCAGAAGGUCCAAUAAGCUGAAGUAAUCUGAUUAUUCCCCCUGUUCACCUGUCUCUUAAACACACACACACACGUGUACACACACAAGCCUGAGUGAACCAGGACACACACACACACACACACAAGCCUGAGUGAACCAGGACACACACACACACACAAGCCUGAGUGAACCAGGACACACACACACACACACACAUGAACAUGGCUAUAGCUAAAGAAGACAUUUAUCCUCAGAAGAUUCUGGACUACAUGGAGGGUUUCAUGGUGUCGAAGACUCUGUUUGUGGCAUGUGAGUUAGGAGUGUUUGACCAUCUGCACGCCUCAGAGCACCCGCUAACCGCAGAGGAAGUGGCACAAGAAUUGGGAACAAAUAAAGAUGCAACAGAGCGACUUUUAUCAGCUUGUGUUGGACUCGAACUCCUAAUCACACAGUCAGAUGAAAAAGGGCAAGUUGUUUACAGUAACACAGAUAUGUCCACCAUGUUUCUGACGAAAUCGAGUCCGCGAUCUCUUUCUCACUCCAUCGAGUACUACUCCAACACUAUUUACCUGUGCUGGCGUUACCUGAAUGAUGCAGUCAGAGAGGGAACGAAUCAGUAUGAGAAAGCUUUUGGUGUAAGCUCCAAAGAUCUGUUUGAAGCCCUGUACAGGUCUGAGGAGGAAAUGGUGAAGUUUAUGCAGCUGAUGAACUCCAUCUGGAAUGUCUGUGGUCGAGAUGUGAUCAGUGCCUUCAACCUUUCUCAGUUCAGGAGCAUCUAUGAUCUCGGAGGCUGCAGUGGAGCUCUGGCGAAACAGUGUGUGUCGAUUUUCCCCACGUGUAAAGUCACCAUCUUUGAUUUGCCGAAAGUCAUAAGAAUGUGCCGCAAACACUUCCUGUUUAAGGAGCACGAGAGAAUAUUGUUCCAUGAAGGAGACUUUUUUAAGGAUAAUCUUCCUGAAGCUGAUCUUUACAUCCUGGCCAGGAUUCUGCAUGACUGGACAGAUGAGCGGUGUGUAGAGCUGCUGAACAAAGUUUACCAAGCUUGCAGGCCAGGAGGUGGUGUGUUAGUGAUCGAGUCGCUCCUUUAUGAAGAUAAGAGCGGUCCUCUCUCCACUCAGCUCUACACACUGAACAUGCUGGUUCAGACUGAGGGUCGAGAGCGCAGAGCGUCUGAGUACACACACCUGCUCAACGCUGCUGGGUUCAGAGACACACAUGUCCACAUGACGGGGAAACUCUACCACAGCAUCCUCGCUCGCAAACAGACACACGGGUCCACCAUCACAGACGAAAAGAUGGAGGUUAUCUGAGUGCUCUGUUUCUUUAAUGAGUUAAACAGCUGUAACUUUUCUAUUUAAGUCCUUUUCAUAUACAUCUGUAUGGAGCUUUUAUUCUGUAACUGAAUCAUUAAUGUGGUUUCCACAAUAUUUUUUCUUUCUUGUUUUGUCGUGAUCAUGACUGAAUGUCCUCAUGAUCUCUGCAUGGACCCCAUUGUUAAUAUGUAAUGGAUGAUUAAAGCUUUAAGCCUUUAUUCUCAUAAACACUGUCAGUUUAUUGUGUGUGUUUUGUUGUACAUUUAUUACACAACGGUUGUUUUGUAUGAAUGUAUAGUUGUGUGCUGUAAGAGCUUGUGGACGCUCUGUUUCCUCUUUCAGCUCUAUUAACGCUCUGUAUCUAAAGCAGCUCCUAAUAAAUGUGUGGUGACUUUAACUGUGCUCUCAGGACCAGAGGCUGGGUCACUGCAGUAUUCUGUGUGUAUACAGUCAGUGUAUUUUUCUACUGUACGCAUCAGUCAGUAGUAAGAGGGAAAAUGUUCGGCGCUCUGAAUGAAGACAGCUGAACAAACCACCACUGUUACCAUGGUAACAUGAUUCAUAUGAUGGUUACACACCCAACACAAUCCCAGUUUGUUGACGUCUCAUUAAAGUCACUGAUAUAAAUAGGAUUGAGACCAGAUGAGCCGGUAUGAUCUGUUUACACCGGUAUGUCUAGAAGUUUGUUUUGAAAGCUUCAUUCCAUGUGUUGUGUGUCAGAAAACCUUUAACAGAAUCUUAGUCAGACUUUAAACAGUGUUUGGGAAAUUUGGGAUUUUUUGUUUGUUCUU